GACUUGGGUCAGAGUCUAUAAGAAGGAGAUUCCUCACCUGUGACAGCAGAGUGAGCAGAUCAGGCGCAUCGAGAACCAUGAGACUCCCAGUCCUGCUCACAUGUCUGCUGGCAACCUGCCUGGCAAAGGCGCCCCAUCCAUGCGAAAGUCCUCCCCUUCUCACCGGAGCCCUCACCGUGUCCACGCAGAAUGAAAAGCUGUUUACCUACGCCAAAUACCUGUAUGACGCACUGGGACGCAGAGUGCGACUGCUGGAGCUGGGCACCUACGAGAAUAAGACUUUCACCUACGACGUUCUGCUGCACUACAGAGAGGCUACCAUGUAUGAGAUCCACGCUCAUAACCGCACCUGUAAGAAGAUGCCUCUGAAGGUAGAGUUCCACCCUCUAUCUAUCCCAAAAGACGCCACUCUGCUGGGUCAGGUUGUGGUGGGAAGUUCAUCCGGACCUGGACAAGGCCUCUUGGUGAACAGCUGGAUGGGAGACCUACCAGACAAGUCAGGAAAGUACUUAUCAGUGGUCACUGAAUUUGGCUGCAUUCCUGUCAGCACUAACUACCAAACCAAAGAGUACGGAUGGGUGCUGACGAGCUUCUUCGACAACGUCAUUGGGAUUGAAGAUCCUAAUCUCCUCAACGUCCCCAGCUUCUGCUCAGAAGGGGAGGGAAAGGAGGAGCAGACGGAACCAGUAGACUUCUUCAACUUAUUUCAAAACAAGAAAUAAAGAGCUCCUUCGAUUGUUUCAUUUCAUCUAACUCUGGUGUCUUGUUUGACUCUCGGUUGAGACCUUGGUGCAUUCGGUAUUUCUCUCAAGACAGAUCAGUUUGUUCAGUUCACUGCACUUCAGUUCAUUUUUCUUUACACUGAUGGUCCGAUGAAGAAUGUCUCUCCAGAACAUGAGCAAGAAUAAUAAAAGUAAUUUUCUCUU